CCGGUAGAAAGCAUUAACUUCCGCCUGGGGGAGGCGCUAGUUCUUUUCCUUGCCUGGUAGCCAACAUGGGUCGUGUUAGGACCAAGACUGUCAAGAAGGCCGCAAGGGUCAUCAUUGAGAAGUACUACACCCGUCUGGGCAAUGACUUCCACACCAACAAGAGGGUGUGCGAGGAGAUCGCCAUCAUCCCCAGCAAGCCCCUUCGCAACAAGAUCGCCGGAUACGUCACCCAUCUGAUGAAGCGCAUCCAGAGGGGUCCAGUGCGCGGCAUCUCCAUCAAGCUGCAGGAGGAGGAGAGGGAGAGGAGAGACAACUACGUCCCAGAGGUGUCUGCUUUGGACCAGGAGAUCAUUGAGGUGGAUCCUGAUACCAAGGAGAUGCUCAAGAUGCUGGACUUCGGAAGCCUCUCCAAUCUUCAGGUUACCAUGCCAGCUGCCGGAAUGAAUUUCAAGACGCCAAGGGGUGUUUAAGGGGUUUUGUAAGAUUAGAAAUAAAGGUAACAUUAAAUAUUAA